AUGGUUCGUCCUUUUCAAAUUCCAAUCUUACUCGUCUUCGUCUUUCUGGUCAAUUCGGCCCUGAUUGCUGCUCAAGGCGCUCCACCAGCCUAUGGACAACAACCUGGUUCCAAGCCUCAAAGCUCUCCAAAUACUCCGCCUUACGGAGGUGGCGGUAAGCAACCAAAUCCACCAACAUGGCCUCCUUAUGGUGGCGGCGGUGGUGGUGGUAACGGAAACAAAAACCCACCUCCUUAUGGUGGCGGCGGUGGUGGUGGUGGCGGUAAGCAACCAAAUCCUCCAACAUGGCCUCCUUAUGGCGGCGGCGGCGGUGGUGGUGGCGGUAAGCAACCGAAUCCUCCAACAUGGCCUCCUUAUGGCGGCGGUGGUGGUGGCGGUAAGCAACCAAAUCCUCCAACAUGGCCUCCUUAUGGUGGUGGUGGUGGUGGCGGUGGCGGCCACAACAACCCACCUCCAUACUGGCAACCACCUAAAAGCCCGCCAAAAGGUGGAAAUCCUUAUUGGCAGCCACCAGGGAGCUCGCCACCAUCCCACCAACACAAAGGUCCGCACAAGCGCAGCAAUCGGGCCGUGCCUUUACAUUGA